AGUGAGCAUUGUCCUUGUACGACCGUCUAUCCUCUCCUGUAGCCAAUGGAGCACCAGUCAAGAAGAAGAGGAACGCCCAUACACGGACGAGCAACAAAUAUGGAGUAUAUGGAAUUGUUAUGCUAACUUACGUGCUCUAUAGCCAUCAAGUAUGCUUGAUUAUUCGAUUCAACAUAGUUUGAUUAUCUCAAACCUAAUUUCACAAAAAAAAACAUAAUUAUUUGAUUGUGUCAUAGUCAACCCGAACUUGUAAACAACCAGCGGUUUCUUAGCUACGACAAAACACUGUCUAGUAGCAAGCUAGCUAACGUUAGUGAGUUGCUAGAUAGAUAUAACGGGUUGUCUAGUUAGCAAACUGGUGUUCUUACUAGCUUAUAGAAUCCUUGUAAAUGACUAAGAAUUGAUGCACACAUUCCUUGUACUUUGUGUAAUCUUGAAUAUUUCAGAUAGCCAACGCUGUACAGCGUAUUUAGCUUUAAUUACGCUAGUAAACUACGCAGGUUCGUGUUACUGUAGCUAACAUUUACCACGCGCAUCAGCUAACGCAUCAUCUUUUAGUCUGUCUUUCUGAGGUAUAAAGCCACCAUGGAUAAGGCAGAGUUUUUAAAAGGACUACCUGUCUACAACAAAAGCAAUUUCAGCAGAUUUCAUGCAGACUCUGUCUGCAAAGCGUCAAACCGGAGGCCCUCUGUGUAUCUCCCAACUCGGGAGUAUCCAUCAGAACAGAUCAUUGUCACAGAGAAGACAAAUAUCCUAUUGAGAUAUCUUCACCAACAGUGGGACAAAAAGAAUGCGGCCAAAAAGCGGGAGCAGGAGCAAGCGGAGGGAGAGAACACUGCACCCCCGCGGAAAAUUGCCAGAACCGACAGUCGGGAAUUAAAUGAGGACUCAUAGAGUGCUGUACACACACAGAACUACAGAUAAAGAAGCACACAGGCAAAGUUGCAUUUGACAGACAGGACAUACCACUUCCUAUGUCGUACAACAUGAUCUUGGGAUGUUGACAGUUUUGUCUUUUGUAUUUUAUUUACUUUAGCAUUUUUUUCCCUUAACUGUCCUUUUUUAAGUCUUCGAUUGGCACAUAGCUGAAAAGCUCUGUCUUCAUAACAAUAACAUUACCUCCUCCACCCUAGGACUCAUAUUUAAUUGUUGCUUGACCAUGUUUUUACAUGAGGAGCAUUUUCAGUGCCCUUGUUUGCUUUCAUUAGUUUACUUGUACUAUAUGUGUAUUUUGACCUGCAUGAUUUACAGUCAUGUCCAUUUAAUCAAUUAGGUUCUAUGCCAUUUUAUGUACAUCCUUCUGGGCUUGGAGUAAAUAGAAUAUUGUCUCCACAGUAAAUAGAAUAUUGUCUCCACAGCCUCUUAUUUUAGUUUGAGAUAAAUACGAUGACGGCGGUAUACCAUAACACUGAAGGAUGCUUGUGAGAUCCCCAACAAUUAUUACAGUUACUGAAAAGGGAAGACUGUGUAUAGACUUAAGAUUGAAUUCGUCUCAGGUUGUUAUGGGGAAUGCUGCCUCAGAAGGCUGCAUUCCUGAAAGUUUUGACGUCUCCUAGUUUGAGUGAUUGAAUUGCCUUAAUGGAAACGUUUCUUGAUCAAUUAAGGACCCUCCCUCUGUUUACAUUGUGACAACAGUGGAGGAAAUGCACACACACUGUUGAGUUAACGAGGGGAUUAAUGGUGUGAAUAUGGAGGAUGCUCCCACAGGUUCAUAUUGGGGCAAACCCUUUUACAGUAUAAAAACAGACCAAUUUUGCAGCAACACACGAUGCUCGAUGUUUGUCAAUGUGCAUAAACGUUGUUUCCCCAUAGACGUGCUACAAUCUACCACUAGCAGCUAGAUUGUCGUCACAUCUAGAAAAGUUAUCUUGAUGCAGAUAAGUGUCUGGAUAGUAUAGGGAAGUGGACUUAUCUGACUGUUAACAUGGCAUGGCUCCACAAGUAAAAGCAUAGCUGCUGAGUUGCAACUUAGCUCAAUCGAUCUGUGUGAACCUAUAGGAUACGCCUUGCUAAAAGGACUUAAGUCAAUAUGUGGGGUAAAUGUGCCGUUCAGGUGUAUAGAAUCUUGUCUCAAAAGUAACCAGCUGAUGUUAAACUGUUAAUGUGGGGCAUAGUUUGACAAAUGUAAAUACUAAAAUGGGGCGUAUUGUUCCUGAUAUGCUCUCUAUAUCCCUCUGUUGCUAUUUACAAUGAUCUGGUGUAGUUGUGAAUCCUGUCAAACUAUGGGCUGUGUAUACAUGGUUUGUUUCCUUAGACCAUUAUCAGGUAAUUAUUUAAGGACUUGCAGUGUCCAGUACCUUUCGAUCAUUAGAUAAUCAUAUCUUACCUGAAACAGUCACACUGAAUUCAUGUUUGAAAGCAUUUACAGUAUAAACUCUGCAGGCCAUAUGUUUUAGGUGGCGUCGGCUCAUCUUGUUUGAGUUGAUCUUGAGGCUGGCUGACGAUCAGCUACCAUUAUGUUCCUUGUUGAUGCUAGCUGUCUACAUGUGUUCAUGUUGAGAAUUCUUUCCACAGGUAGACAAGUGUUGUUUUUUAUUUAUUUAUUUUUUGAUAAAGUUAACCUUAAUAGACAUUGUGCUCUGAUUUAAACUGUGUGAAUGUGGGGCCUGGCACAUUCACACAGUUAAAAUCACAGCACACAAUGUCUAUUAAGGUCAUCACGCUGUUUACUAUUGAGAAUUGAACGAAGGAGUGCUUCAUCUUACUGUAUAAAAAAAACUAACACAUUCUCACGUAGACAGCUCGCACCACCAAGGAACAGAAUGGUAGCUGAUCGUCAGCUAGACUGAAUUCAUAUGGAAAUGACCCUCUGCAAAGAUGUUCUCAAUAAAGUUGCCUGGGUAUUGUGUUGA